CAGUUGAAUCGAUCGUGAACAGCGAUAGGUGAAGCUUGUUUAGUUUCUAAUCGGCAGCCGGAGCAAGCGGUCUACUUAAAACAAUGGGAAAAUUAGUACUGUACGGUGUGGAGCCAAGUCCGCCGGUGCGGGCAUGCAAACUGACCUUGGAUGCCCUGGGUCUACAGUACGAGUACAAGCUGGUGAACCUGCUGGCGGGGGAAAACAAAUCAAAGGAGUACACCCUGAAGAAUCCACAGCACACGGUGCCCAUGCUGGAGGACGAUGGCAAGUACAUUUGGGAAAGCCAUGCCAUUUGCGCCUACCUGGUUAGGCGAUAUGCCAAGGAUGAUGCCCUGUAUCCCAAGGAUUACUUCAAGCGCGCUCUUGUCGAUCAGCGACUGCACUUUGAGUCGGGCGUGUUGUUCCAGGGCUGCAUCCGGAAUAUUGCCGCUCCCUUGUUCUACAAAAACGAAACGGAGGUUCCGCGCUCCAAGAUCGAAGCCAUCUACGAGGCAUACGACUUUCUGGAGGUGUUCAUCGGAAAUCAGCCGUAUCUGUGUGGAACCGCCAUUACCAUCGCCGACUACAGUAUGGUUUCAUCGGUGUCCAGCCUGGUGGGCUUGGCUCCCAUCGAAGACAAGCGCUAUCCCAAGCUGAGCGGCUGGUUAGACAGGAUGUCCAAACAGCCAAACUACCAAUCGCUCAACGGCAACGGCGCUCAAAUGUUGAUCGACAUGUUCAGCUCGAAAAUCACGAAGAUUGUGUGACUUUGUACCCAAGCUUUAAUGUUAUUAAUGAGAUUGUUUGUAGUUACGUAACAAUAAAGCUUCUAUUUGUUUACACUUUA